GUAAAGCAACGAACAAUUUUAUUGCUUUUCAUUCAUAUAACAAAAGAAGUGAAUUUUCGUUAAAACAAAAACUAAUAAAAAAGUUUUAUAAAAUCAUAAAAACAAUUUAAAGAAUUUCCUUAACAAUUUAAAGAAAAUAUUAAGAAAUUAAACUUAAAGUUAAAAAACAAAAUUUCAAACAUUUUAAAUUAAAAAAAGAAAACAGCCAAAAAAUGGUUCAAGUAUUAUUGUGCAAUUCCAGCAUAGAGCAAUAUAAACAGGCUGUUAAACAAUUUAUUGAUCUCUGCAACAAUAUCGGUUCAACCUGUACCCCCAAGAGAAAUAUAUCACAGACUACCGCCGUUAAGUUCCUUUAUGCACGUAAAUUUGAUGUACCACGUGCUGUUUCCCUAUAUGAACAACAUGAACAAAUACGCCUUAAAGAGGGUCUUUAUAAUAUAGAUCCAGAUAUAGAACCAUUAAGAUCAGAACUACAGACAGGCAAAUUUACAAUAUUGUCUGCCCGUGAUUCUAGUGGUGCUGCUAUAGCUCUAUUCACCGCCAACAAACAUAGUCCCUUAAGUGUCACACAUACUACCACUCUGCAGGGUAUAGUCUAUCAAUUGGAUUGCGCUUUACAGGAUACAGAAACACAAAAAGCUGGUUUAGUUUUUAUAUACGAUAUGAGCGGUUCAAAAUAUUCAAAUUUUGAUUAUGAUUUAUCACAGAAAAUCUUAACGUUAUUAAAGGGUGGCUAUCCAGCGCGUUUAAAAAAGGUACUCAUUGUUACGGCGCCGUUGUGGUUUAAAGCUCCAUUCAAAAUUCUACGUUUAUUUGUGAGAGAAAAGUUACGCGAACGCGUUUUUACCGUCUCAGUGCCAACACUGAGUUUACACGUGCCUCGCAAAGCAUUGCCCAUACAUCUCGGUGGUACACUGGAAAUUGAACACAACACAUGGUUGCUGCAUUGCCGCAAAUCGAUGACGAAUCGUGAAGACGAAUUGCUCGCCAAUAUUGGUGGUUUGUCAGCAGCAGCAGCAACAACAACAGCGAUUACAAAUCAAAAUAAUUUAAUUGUCUCACCCACAGCGAACAAUCAACAACAACAACACAUCACACCAUCAUCCGCCGGAGUAGUGACAAACGGUGAUUGUCAACGCUUUCUGGCGGAGCCAAACGAAAAUAUCCAAACAUUAGUCGCCACAUCACCAACAUCACCCCUAACAAACGGUCAUCAUACAUUAGUGCCAAUUGCCAAUACAUUAAAUAAUAUUGUUGCUUCCAACAACACAACCACCACCACCAACAACAUCACCACAAUUAUCAGCAACACAUCGCCCAUACACAAUAAUAAAUUGAUUAAUUUAACAAACGGCGUUACAACGCCAAACGGUGAUAUAGUCACAACACCACAGGUGAACGGUAGUGGUAGUACGGCGACAUCAAUAACAACAACUACAGGCGGUGUUGGCAGUGGUGGUGUUGGUGGCGGAGGUAGUGUUUGUCAAACGGGUCUCGGUGAUUUUUGGACAGAGAACCCACCAAGUAGUGCCUCGUCCGGUUUUAGUGAUGACGACAGUCUGGCUGGCCAAGAGGGUGAUCCGAAAACAAUUGAACAAAUUGUUCAAAUGGUAAAAACACUGGGACGUCAGGGAUUGGUUAAGGAAUAUGCUGAGAUACGUAGUCGAGCUCCCGAUGGCACGUUCUUACAUGCCAGAAUGCGCAAUAAUUUGACCAAAAACCGUUACACAGAUGUUCUUUGUUACGAUCACAGUCGAGUAGUGCUGUCACGCGUCGAUGGUGAUGAAUUAUCCGAUUAUAUAAAUGCCAAUUUUGUAGAUGGUUACAAACAGAAAAAUGCAUACAUUUCAACACAAGGCCCAUUACCAAAGACAUCCCAAGAUUUUUGGCGUAUGAUCUGGGAACAACAUUGUUUAGUUAUAGUUAUGACAACACGCGUUAUGGAACGUGGACGCGUAAAGUGCGGUCAAUAUUGGGAACCACAAGAAAAUAGUUCCUUAGACUUUGGUAACUUUCACGUGCGUACACUUAGUAUAGAAACUAAUGAAGAUUAUACAGUAGCCUCAUUAGAAUUGAGAAAUACAAAGACUGAUGAAGUAAGAAAUGUGUCACAUUGGCAAUUUACCAGUUGGCCGGAUUAUGGUGUACCCAGUUCAGCCAUGGCCAUGAUAACCUUCCUGCAAAAGGUACGCGAGAAACAAUUACAAAUGGUACAAGCAUUAGGUGAUACAUGGGCCGGUCAUCCAAGAGGGCCACCAAUUGUGGUGCAUUGUAGUGCGGGUAUUGGAAGAACAGGCACAUUUAUUACUUUGGACAUUUGCAUAUCUCGCCUGGAAGAUGUUGGUACAGCCGAUAUACGUGGCACCGUUGAAAGAAUACGUUCACAACGUGCAUACUCAAUUCAAAUGCCCGACCAAUAUGUAUUCUGCCAUUUGGCCUUGAUUGAAUAUGCGAUAUCUCGGGGUAUGUUAAAAGCGGUCGAUCUAACGGGUUUCGAUGACCGAGAAGAUGAAUCCGAUUAAGUUCUAAAAUACUAUACAACAGUAACAGCAACAACAACAACAAGUCAGUCAGUUCUACUAUCUAAAUAUAUGAAAAAUAAAAAAGAAAAAACAACAAUUAUUAAAAUAAAACAAAAACAAAAAGAAGCCAACACUACCAACACCACCAAUUCUUUAUAAAUAUUGACAAUUUCUUAAAAUAAACUUUUAAUUUUAAAUAAGAAAUAGCUUAACAAAACAAAAAGAAGAUAAAUAUAUUAUUUUUGUUGUUUAUUUAUAAAUUUUAAUUGUAAUUAAAAGAAAAAAACAGAAAAUUCAUUACUAAAGCCGUUGGAUAUUUCAAUAACGUUUUUAAAAAGCCAACAAAUCCUUUUUUUAAUUAUUUAUUAAACAAUCAUAGAAAAACUAACAGCAUCAACCGUUUUUUUAUAUAUAGAAAAUAGAACAGAAUAAAUUUGUAAUUGUGAACUUAAUUAAAAGAAAAA